CUUCUGAAUCCCCCCAUCCUCCUCCACUUCCAUGGCGGCGGUUUCUGCAUCUCCAACUUCUCAUGGCUAAUGUACCACCAAUUCUACUCCCGCCUCGCCCGCUCCCUCCCCUGCAUUGUCGUCUCCGUCGACCUUCCCCUCGCACCCGAACACCGCCUCCCCGCCGCCUACCACGCAGCCUUCCAAGCCCUCCUCCGCAUCCGUGACGCCUCUCCCCUCCUCUCCUCACUCGCAGAUCUCACCCGCGUCUUCCUAAUCGGCGACUCCUCCGGAGCCAACAUCGUACACGAGCUCGCCGCCAUGGUUGGACGGGCCGAGGAAAACGAGCCUGGAUUUUGGGGCCCUGUCAAAGUCUCCGGCGGAGUAGCAAUUCACCCGGGAUUCGUCCGCUCCACGCCGAGCGCGUCGGAGACGCACUUGGAGUGGCAGACGCCGUUCCUAACGCUGGAGAUGCUCGACAAGUUCUUAGAACUGGGGCUUCCCGAAGGACAGGGGAAGGAUCAUCCGUACACGUGUCCUAUGGGGGCGGCGGCGCCGCCGAUGGAAGAGCUGAAGAUGCCGCCUUUGAUGGUGGUUGUAGCGGAGAAGGAUUUGGUAAGGGAUACGGAGAUGGAGUACUGCGAGGCGAUGAAGAAAGCUGGAAAGGAAGUGGAGGUGUUCUUUCAGACCGAUGUGGGGCACUCGUUUUACCUCAAUAAGUUUGCGGUGGAUGGGGACGAGAUCACCGGGAAGAGGACGGAGGAGCUUAUUUUGGCUAUAAAGGACUUCGUUGACCGGCACUGAUAAUAAGGUCGUUGUUCGGUCGGCAUGUUAAUGUUUUUUUUUUUUUUUUUUUUUUUUUUUUUUUUUUUUUUUUUUUUCUUGGUGUGUUUUACUCAUUGUAAGCAUAGUGGUGAAGAUCGAGUUCGACUUGGAACCGAAAUGUGAGAUAAUCUAAGUUUAAUAAUUUGUUCGUAAUUGAAUAUGAUGUAAUAGAUAUUAUAAUUAUUUA